AUGGAAGACGUUAAGCCGCUCCACAUCGUUGGCUACGCAGUCGCGGCUUUAUUUGCCGCUGUUCUGCUCAAUGUCGCACGUCAAAUAUUCUUCCGCAAGACGAAUGAGCCGCCAGUGGUUUUCCACUGGUUUCCAUUCAUUGGCAGCACCGUCACUUAUGGCAUGAACCCUUUGAAAUUCUUCCAAGACUGUAGAGAAAAGUACGGAGAUGUCUUCACGUUCAUCCUCCUUGGACAAAAGACGACGGUUUACCUCGGCAUCGAUGGCAACGAAUUCAUUCUCAACGGCAAGCUCAAGGAUGUCAACGCAGAGGAGGUCUACGGUCCCAUCACCACCCCAGUCUUCGGUUCCGACGUCGUCUACGACUGUCCCAACUCCAAACUCAUGGAGCAGAAGAAGUUCGUCAAAUUCGGCCUAACCCAAGAAGCGCUGGAAUCCUACGUCCCGCUCAUCGAAGAAGAAGUCCUGCAGUACAUCAAGACGUCCGGCCGCUUCAAGGGCUUAUCCGGCACGAUCGACAUCCCCGCCGCCAUGGCCGAAAUCACCAUCUUCACCGCCAGCCGCGCGCUGCAAGGCGAAGAAGUCCGCAAGAAGCUGACGGCCGACUUCGCGGACCUCUACCACGACCUCGACCUCGGCUUUUCUCCGCUCAACGCCCUCAUGCCCUGGCUGCCCAUCCCCAGCAACCGCAAGCGCGACGCCGCGCGCGAGAAGAUGCGCGAGGUCUACACCGAGAUCAUCAAGGAGAGGAGGAGGACCGGCAGCAGCCGGGGGGAAGGGGGAGAGGCGACGCACGACAUGAUCACCAACCUCAUGCGGUCGAGCUACAAGAGCGGCGUGCCCGUCCCGGACAAGGAGAUCGCGCACAUGAUGAUCACGCUGCUCAUGGCCGGGCAGCACUCGUCGUCGUCGGCCAGCUCGUGGAUCAUGCUGCGUCUCGCCUCCGAACCGAAGGUCGUCGAGGAGUUGUUCGCGGAGCAAGUCAGCGCGCUCGGGGCGGACCUGCCGCCGCUAAGGUACAGAGACCUCGAAAGGCUGCCGCUGCACCAGAACGUCAUCAAGGAGACGCUGCGCGUGCACUCGUCCAUCCACUCGAUUAUGCGCAAGGUCAAGAACCCGCUGCAGAUCCCUGGCACGCAGGUCAUCGUGCCGGACUCGCACGUGCUGCUCGCGUCGCCGGUUAUGACGGCGAUGAGCGAGCAGUACUUUCCCAAUGCGGCGACGUGGGAUCCGCAUCGUUGGGAUGACCGGAAGGAGGAUGAGGAGAGCGAGGAUAUGGUUGAUUAUGGGUAUGGGGCGGUGUCGAAGGGCACGAAGAGCCCGUAUUUGCCGUUCGGCGCGGGCCGCCAUCGCUGUAUCGGCGAGAAGUUUGCGUAUCUGAAUCUGGGCGUUAUUGUGGCGACGUUGGUGAGGGAGUUUAAGUUUAGCAACCCGAAGGAUAGGGAGGGCGUGCCGGCGACGGAUUAUGCGUCCAUGUUUUCGCGCCCCAUGCAGCCGGCUAUGGUUUGCUGGGAGAGACGCUUCCCUGAGAGGGAGUAG